AUGCCUAAGAGAGUUAAAAAUAAAAUAAAAGGACCCUCAGGUAAUGAUUUCGAACCUAGAGAAUUUGUUGUUCCUGAAAUAAAGGAACCACCAAUAGAUUACAAAACUGUUGGUACAGAAGAAUUGAUAACAUUAGAAGAAGCUCAUAUGACGUUGUCUUGGAUUGAAGAAGCGACAACAUUUACUCCAGAAAUUAAUAAAGAAGUAUCUUUGAAAUUAAAACUUAUUAAAAAUUUGAAUGAAGAAUUGUUUAUAAAAGUUAAAAAAAAUAUUAAAAGAUAUUUUCCUGUUCAAGGAGCUGUAUUACCAGAUUUAUUGGAAGAGGCAGCAAUCCCUCCAAUAUUACCACCAAGAGAUAUAGCUAUAAGUGCUCCAACAGGUAGUGGAAAAACAUUAUGUUAUGUUUUACCAAUAUUAAAUUCAUUGUUAUAUAAUGGAAUAAAUUGUAUACAUGCUAUUGUUGUUGUUCCAGUAAAUCAAUUAGUUGAACAAAUAUUAACAGAAUUUAAAAAAUAUUCUCCAGAAUAUAUUAAUAUCGUUGGAUUGUCUAAUAGUGUCGAUCAUAAAAAAGAGAGAAAGAUGCUAUUUAAUAAUGAUUCAAUGUUAUGUACAGCUAAUAUUAUUAUAACUACACCUCAAAGAUUCAUGGAGCAUCUUUUUGAUAACGAUGGUAGAGAUUUUGACUUAACUAGGCUUCGAUAUUUAAUUAUUGAUGAAGCAGAUAGAAUGUCUCAUACUGCUAGAUUAGAUUGGUUAGAUACUAUUGAACAAAAAUGUAAAAUGGUAACAAAGAAAUUUACUCUAGAAGAUCUCAAUAAUUUUGGUACAAAUACAUAUUUACAAAAAAUAUUAGUUUCUGCUACCUUAAAUAGAGAUGUUGAAAUGUUACAUAUGUGGAAUUUAAGAUACCCAAGAUUAUUCCAUGCAAAAUCUAAUGAUGUAGAAGAAAAUGUUACUGAAAGUUGUAUGAAAGCUGACCAAAUAGAAAAUGCUUUGUACUUACCUCCUGGAUUAGUAAAUGAACAUGUCAUUUGUGAUAGUAAAUAUCAACCAUUACUUGUUUAUUAUUAUCUUUCAAAACAUCCUGAAUGGAAAUCUGUUAUCGUUUUUUGUGAUGAAAAUGAAAAGACUAAUAGGUUACCAGAAUUGUUGAAGAUUCUUUGUAAAGAUUCCAGUUGUGCUCAUCAAAUGAAUUCUCAACUACGUCCUGGUAAACGUGUUAGUUUAAUUAAAGAAUUUAAAGAACAUAAGAUAAGGGUAUUAGUAUGUUCUGAUGCUAUGUCUAGAGGAAUAGAUAUACAAGAUUUAGAUUGUGUUAUUAAUUAUGGAAGACCUUUAGACGAAAGACAAUUUAUUCAUAGGGCUGGAAGAACAGCACGUGCUGGAAACAAAGGAUUCCUUUUAAGUGUUGUUACGGGUGAUGAACAUAAAAUUAUGAAAAAAUAUUUAACUGAUGCUGGCAUAUGGAAUAAAAUUAAUGUUGCCAAGACUAAUCCAAUUGCUGGUAAUGAUCAAUUAAAGGAUAUUUACACUAAAGCACUUGAAAAAUAUAGACACAACAUGAAGGCUAGGAAUAAGUAA